AUGCUGUGCGGCGGCUGCUGCGCGCAUAGUACACCGGUGUGUCCUCUGUGUGCCCGGCCGAGCCCGUUUCCGCUCAGCGCCGUGCCCCGUUUGCGCAACCCGACAUCAGGCAGCAAGUUUGAUGUCAUUGUGGAUGAGAUCGCGUCGCUUGAAGACGAAGCGACGACCAAGUGCAUUGUCUUCUCGCAGUGGCCCGAGGCCUUGAGCCUGCUGCAGACGGCGCUAUCGGCCAAGAACAUUGCGAGCCUCCACCUCCAGCGCACGAGUCAGACCAGCUUGCGCGACGAGUUUCAUUCGAAUCCGAAUGCCCGCGUGUUGCUAUUGCCACUGAAAAAGUACAAUCACGGGCUCAAUCUGGUCGAGGCCACCCAUGUGUUCUUGGUCGAGCCGACCUUUGAGCCGGCGCUGCAGGAACAAGCGAUGGCGCGCGUCCAGCGCCUGAGCCAAACGCAGACCAGCUACGUGCACCGGUAUGUCAUGGCCGCGACGGUCGAAGCAAGAAUGUACGAGUGGACGAGUCGCACGCAGCGCUUGACGCAAGACGACAUCUACCGCGUCUUCACCAGCGAUGUCACGUCGCCUAGCUAG